CAUGGGUCGGGCUGAGGUCCGCGCUGCAAUGUCACCAAGUGCCCCUGUCAAUUACCGUUCCUUGUUUACAGUCGUUUAUAGACCGAUAAGCAGUCGUCUUCGUAGUCACAGACGCUCACAGAACUGAGUCGCAUCAACAUAUACAUCGAGAGGCAAACAUGCGCGCUCCAUCAUCAACAGCGUUACUGGUGCUUGCCAGCCUAUGCCUCGACCAGCCAUUCUGUCUCGCCCAGGUGCAUCAAGAUAGCAAGGCGAAAUACCAAGGCGCAUGCCCGGCGUAUGAGCACUAUGCUCGCUUCCCACAUCAACCCUACAGCAAUGGCCCAAUGGCAUUACCAUAUCAGCGACCUUCCGCGUAUUGUCGCACGUUCGAGUCAGAGCUCGUCGAGAAGAUCAUCCGUGAUCUCAACGCAACCUUGCUCGAUCGUGACUUAGCGAGGCUAUUCGAGAAUGCAUUUCCGAAUACGCUCGAUACGACGGUGAAAUGGCACGUGGACGGCAACGAGAAGGUGGAUAAGCGGAAUCAGCAGCAUGUCAUGGCUAAAUGGGCGGCCGACGGAGCCUGGCAAGGCGCGCAAUCUUUUAUCGUUACGGGCGAUAUCAAUGCGGAGUGGUUGCGAGACAGCACAAACCAGCUUGCGCAGUACCAGCGCUUAGCGAAGAAGGAUAAAGCUAUCUUCAACCUUAUCCUGGGCGCCAUCAGCACCCAAGCGGAGUAUGUGAUCAAAUCGCCAUACUGCAACGCUUUCCAACCGCCGCCACCGAGCAGACUCAGGCCGUCAGAUAACGGACAAGCCGACAACGUCCAUCCAGCGUAUGAGCCAGGUCAGGUCUUCGAGUGCAAGUACGAACUCGAUUCGCUUGCCCACUUCCUCCGCCUUGGCAACGAAUUCCACGCACAUACGGGCUCCACAGCGUUCCUCACGCCGCGCUGGUACAAAGCUCUCGUCUCGCUACUGCAAGUGCUUGAAGACCAGAGCAAAAGCACUUUUGACUCGGAAUCUGGCGCCUUCGAACGUCAGACGUAUCGCUUCCAGCGCAACACCAAUACUGGCACGGAGACACUCAACAUUGGCGGCAACGGGAACCCUCUGAGCUCAGGCACAGGCCUUAUCCGCUCAGCCUUCCGCCCCAGUGACGACUCCACCAUUCUCGGCUACUUUAUCCCCGCCAACGCCAUGAUGUCCGUUGAGCUGAAGCGUGCGGCUAAGAUCCUGUCCGCGGCGGGCAAGGUUCAGCUCGCUGCUGAUCUCGAGGCCCGAGGCGUGGCGAUUGAAAAGGGCGUCUGGGAGCAUGGCGUGGUCAUGCAUCCAAAGUUCGGCACGGUCUUCGCCUUUGAAAUUGACGGCUACGGCAGCACGAUAUUGAUGGACGAUGCGAAUGUGCCCUCCCUACUCGCGCUGCCGUACCUUGGCUUUGUUGCGAAGGACGAGCGCACCUAUCAGAAUACACGCUCUAUGAUCCUCUCGAGAGCCGGCAACCCCUACUACCUUACUGGCAAGGCUUUCUCUGGCAUCGGAGGCCCUCACAUAGGACCGCAGAAUGCAUGGCCGAUGUCUUUGCUGAUACAGGCUAUGACGAGCAACGACGACAACGAGAUUAAGGAGCUGCUGGAGAAUGUCAAGCGGGCGAGUCCGCUCGGUUUGAUCCAUGAGAGCGUCAACGUUGACAGGGUAAAAGAGUACACGCGCAGUUGGUUCGCUUGGGCGAACAGUGUGUUUGCGCAGACCAUCCUAGACUUGGCGGAGCGAAAACCGCAUCUACUAUUCGGAGAGGGAGCCAAGGCUUAUGUGGUGGACGCAUAG